AGACAGUCCGACUAUGGCCUUGAAGGGAACAUGCUCGACGUCGAAGGCUGUUCGAUGCUGCUGCUCGGGCAUUUUCCCUGGAGUUAGCGCUUCGUCGCGUGGGCCAUUCGGUUGCCCCUGUCACGCUCCCGCGAUGGCUGGCACAGGGGCACCACGUCUCUUAUAAUCGGCUGGCAUUCCGGUCCUCACUCUCCGGAGUCACUCCAUCCGCAUUCGAUUCGCCAUGUUCUCACGCGGCCUCCUCUGGACCAGUCUCCUGGUCUUGUCGACCCUGGGGAAUGCGGCCGUCUCGAUCUACACGCCCAGCACCACCUGCCGUUGCUUUCCCGGGGAGCCAUGUUGGCCCUCGCUGACCGACUGGGCCCGCUUCAACGAGUCCAUUGAUGGCCGGUUGAUCGCGACCGUUCCCUUGGGCAAGCCCUGCCACGCGCCCUUCUACCGGGCGGACGAGUGUGACUACUUGCGGGAGCGGUGGACGCAGCCAGAGAUCCAUUAUGAGUCGUCGUCGUCCGUCAUGGCCCCCUGGUUCGCCAACGGCUCCUGCGACCCUUUUCACCCUAUUGCCAAGCCCUGCCUGUUGGGCAACUACAUUGCCUACGCUGUGAAUGUUGGCCAACCUGCCCAUAUUUCCCAGGCCCUCGCCUUUGCCACCAAGCACAACCUCCGCGUGGUCAUCCGCAACACCGGCCACGAUUACAACGGCAAGUCCACUGGCGCCGGGGCCCUGGGCAUCUGGACGCACCAUCUCAAAGAUAUUGAGAUCCAGGACUACCAUGACGCCCACUACACGGGCAAAGCCAUGAAGCUCGGCGCGGGCGUGCAGGGCUUCGAAGCCUACGAGGUGGCCGAUGCGCACGGCUACCAGGUGGUUGGGGGUGAGUGUCCGACCGUGGGGAUCGCCGGGGGGUACAGCCAGGGCGGCGGACAUUCAGCUCUGGCAUCGCGGUAUGGGCUGGCGGCGGAUCAGGUCCUGAAAUGGGAGGUCAUUGAUGGCGAGGGUAACUUUAUCACGGCAACACGCGACAAUAGAUAUAAAGAUCUAUACUGGGCGCUGAGCGGCGGCGGCGGCGGCACCUACGGUGUUGUCUGGUCCAUGACCUCCAAGUUACACACGAGCACGCCCACCUCGGGGCUGAAUCUGACCUUUACCAGCACCAAUAUCUCCCAGGAUACUUUCUACCAGGCUGUUAGCCUGUACCACUCCAUUCUGCCCUCGAUUGUCGACGCCGGAGCCAUGAGUAUCUGGUUCUUCACGAAUACCAGCUUCGCCAUCGCUCCGCUCACCGGACCUGGGAUCCCGGUGCAGGAGUUGGAAGCGCUGGUGCAGCCCUUCCGAGACGGCCUGGAGAAGAUGGGCAUUGCCCAUACCUUUUAUGCGGAACAGUUCCCCACCUACCUGAGCGAGUUCAACGCCAUGAUGCCGAACAUAGCAGUGGGCGAGGCGCAGUACGGCGGAUGGCUGAUCCCGCGGUCGGUCGUACAGGAAAAUAACACAGCGCUGACCGACGCGUAUCGGCAGAUCACCGAGGACGGGGCGACGUUCAUCGGGGUAGGGUUGAACGUGUCGAAGGCGCUGGUAGGAGAUGUGUAUAACUCGGUGCUACCGGCAUGGCGCGACGCACUAAUCGACACGACGCUCACGACGCCAUGGGAAUGGGAUGAGCGACAGGCCAUGCUGGUGGAGCAAUACAAGAUGACCUACGAGUAUCUGCCAUUGCUGGAGAAGUUGGCCCCGAACUCGGGGGCCUACAUGAACGAGGGCGACUUCCGACAACCCAACUUCCAGCGGGCCUUUUACGGAGUGAAUUAUCCGCGAUUACGCCAGAUCAAGGCGAAAUACGAUCCAAAUGAUAUGUUUUAUGCACAGACGGCGGUGGGAUCGGAUGAGUGGCGGGUGUAUGCGGACGGGCGAUUGUGUCGGGUGUGAUGGGUUUCUUGUAUAAUUCGUCGAUAGAUCUGUUGUUGUUUAAAGAAAUGUAAUUUUGGCUACGGACAUUGAAGGUUGACUGGUGGUAGCGGUGGCCUGUCCACACGUCGAACCACAGUUGAAUUGCGGGUCCGCCGUCUCCUCGUCUCCUACACACUACACAGUACCUCGUCCGUCCAGCAACCGUGAGAUUGCACCGACCUCAGU